AAUUUAAAAAUAAGUUUGUUAAAUUUUAUAACCCUCUUGCGCCUUUAUGGUAGGCUGGCAUGUUCAGUGACGGCCUUGUGGAGGGCGGUGAGACACGCAGGGCCCCGAGCAGCCCCCACGGAGGAGCAGCUGCACUCGCCCCGAGGGUCUUCGAGGCUUCCCUGCGCGUGUCAGUUCCGUGUGCAGCCCUGGCGCUGAGUCGCUGCAUUUAAAGAGAUGCUCAUGUCUCUUGAUGUGGGACUGUACACCCACAGGUGAGCUCUCUUGUCCCCUGUGUCACCUGUGCUCACCUGCUCUCUUGAAGCCCACCUAGGGUUGGGGGAGGUGGCAGUUGUCACGGAGACCUGGCCCCUGACUGGUGUCAUAGGACUCUGGGCCAGCCCCAGCCCCGCCUUGACCCACAACCAUCAGGUCACUUGUGUUGCACAUUGAAGUCACACCGAGUCAUAUCUGUUCUACAAUUUUUGCGUCCUUAUUUCGGCAUGGACCGUUGCGAAGGCACGGUUCCACCCCAGUCAGUGGUGUGGCACGGCCCCAGCAUAUCCAGUACGUGUGUGGAGAGCACGGGGAGAAGGGAGGAGCGAGCAGACGGCGGGGCGGGGGGGGGCACAGCACACAGCGUCUGCGCACAGAAUGGAGGCUGCACGGGCAGCCGGGAGGACGGGUGCCAUGUUAGUGCGCAUUUACCGGGACACCACGCACCUCUGGUUCUUCUUAUUUGACCAUUAAUUCCUCUCUUUCUGGAACAGAAUUGUUGUAAUUAACAGACAAAUGUUGAUGCAUCGUUAUUAACUAGAGUCUGUAUUUUAUCAGUUCCCCACACCGGAGACUCAGUCCCCGAGCCGGCGCCUCGACACCGUGCGCGAGUCCGACUGGUCUCCCAGCCAGAGAGGCCGAUGCUGGCCUCUCGGGUUCCUGGCGGCGGAGUGGGGUGGGGCGGUCUGAAGUGAAACCAGGAGGAGGAGUGGGGCCGAGAAAGGGUCUCAACACUGUGCCGAUGCGGGAGACUGUUCUCCAGGCUGGGAUGGGGGAGCUGUGGGCAGUUCUCGUGGGUGGGAAGGGAAGGGGUCAGAUCCCUAACUUUGAAAGAUCAGCGGGUCCGGGUGUGGAGACUGGAUUGGAUGAGGCGGGGACAGGAAGCAGCAGAGGGAGCAGAGAGGACUGGUGUGGGGUGGUGCUGGCCUGCGCUGAGGCGGGACCCCGAGUUUGCGGAGGAGCAGGGGUGUGAGGACCAGAGAGAGGCUGUGGUCAGCGCUGCCCUGAGGAGGAAGCCAGACCCGUGCGGGAGUGAGUGCCCACGGGGAGCUCGGCUGUGUGGACAACAGUAGGAGAGUGCAUUCUGCUGAAACAACACUAUUUGCUAGACUCCUGAUUUAUUCAGCCCAUAGGAGGUAAGAAAGGACACAGAAGGGAAGAGGGAGGGAGAGCGAGCUGAACGCCCCACCCCGCUGAGUCCUCCCGGCUGCCCUGAGAGAGGCAGUUACUCCCCCGGAGGAGGAGACUGAGUUUCCAUGGAUUUGCCUGAAACCGCACCGCUGGUGGGUGGUGGAGCCAGGGGUCAGCCCUGCCUGCUGCCACCUAGUGUGCAGCCUGUGGAAAGUGCUUGAGCGCCCGUCGUGAAAAGUGCUUCUCUGCUGUUACCUAGUGUGCACGCGGAACACCUGCCUGGUUCUCACCAAAAAAGUGCUUCUCUGCUGCCAUCUCGUGUUCACCUUGGGAAUAACACUCAAGUGCGGGUCAUGGAGAAAAGCCCUUUUUCGUUCCCAUCUGGUGUGCAUAUUGUAAGUAACGCCACAGUGGAGUUCAUCAGGAAGUACACUCCUCCGCAGCCGCCUAAGCUGCACCACUGACAGAAGCUCUUCUCCGAUGCCGCGUGGUGUGCAGCCAGCGCAUACCAGGUUUGCGCGAGGUUCCAGGACGUCAUCCGAGAAAGUCACUCGCUGCCGCCAUCUAGUGCUCACCUUUGAAAUAACGUGAGUGUAGCUCACAACAAAGUUUCUCAGCUGCUGGCACAUGUGCCACCAGGAAAAAGCAACCAGCUCUACUCCGGUCUGGUGAGCAUCUGAAAGUUAUGGGGCUGUGGUCCUUUGAGACUUCCCAGGGCCAGACUUUGGGGGGACCUGCACCCCCUCUUUCCGGAACUUCCACCUUUGCGCUCCUACUGCCUCCUGUACCUGGGGCCCCUGUACCUGCCUGUGGUCCUUCUCUCCCCGUCACCGUGCAGGCCAACCCUGCACCCCAUGACUGGUUCUGAAGACCUCAGGCCGGGACACCCUGCAUCCCACGUUAGCCUCGCCCAGCCCGGGGGUCCCCACACUUCUCAGGCCCGCACCAUCGCCCCAGCUGCCCGUGGCCCCUCUUUCCCCACCUGUGAUGACACCCACAGGACCGUGGACGUCACACCCCUCCAUGUCCUGGAGGCUGUGGCUCUGUCACAGCUCCACAGCACAGCUCAUGCUCAUUCCCAGAUCUCCCCCACGUCACCAACCCCACACCCCUGCCGUCUGCAGAGGCUCGAGGUCUCGGCCUGGUCCGUGCCCUCAGUCUCUCCUCAGUGGCCCCUGGAGGCUGCUGUUUGGGGAGACCCUGCGGGGGGCCCGCGUGUCAUCAGAGGCCAGGAUGCUGUGCAUGGGACCUGGCCCUGGAUGGUCAACCUGCAGGUCCUCGCCAACCACGACAGCCGGUGGUACCACGCCUGCGGGGGCUCCUUGCUGAACGCCCAGUGGGUGCUCAGCACUGCUCACUGCUUCAGCCUAAAAAGUACAUCCCAGGACUGGAGGCUGGUUUUCGGGGCGAGGGAAAUCGAGUACGGCAGCAGCCAGCCGGUGAAGCCGCCUCUCCAGGAGAGGUUUGUUGAGAAAAUUGUCCUCCACGAGAGCUACUCGCCCGUCUUGGAGGCCGACGACAUCGCGCUCGUGAAGAUCACCCUCCCGUUGUCGAGGCUCCCUCCGCCCGGCUGCCUGCCCCACUUCUCAGCAAGCCCGCCCCACGUGUCCCAUUCCUGCUGGGUGACCGGCUGGGGGUUCCUGAGGGAGGACGCCCAAAAGAUGUCGCCCGUGCUGCAGGAGGCCCUGGUGAGUAUCCUCGACCUCGGCCUGUGCAACUCGACCCUGUGGCGCCGAGGCCGCAUGCGCUCCACCAACGUGUGUGCAGGGCAACCCGAGGGCUACGUGGACACCUGCCAGGGGGACAGUGGCGGGCCUCUCAUGUGCAGAAGAAGGGCAGAGGACCCCUACGUGAUGGUUGGAAUCACUAGCUGGGGUGUGGGCUGUGCCUGAGCAAAGCACCCUGGAAUCUACACAGCCACCUGGCCCUACCUGAGCUGGAUCGCUUCCAAGAUCAGUUUCAAGGCCUUGGAGAGGCUUCAGCCGAGCACCCCUCCCCCUCCCAGCUCUGCCACAGCCCCCGCUACAGUCUCCUCCCUCCGCCCUCCUUGGGGCAAUGCCCUGCUCGUGGACUUCCUGGAGCGCGCCGACCCACUGCACCUGAACUGCGGGCCCCGCCAGCUCCCGUGUGACAGCCGGGGGGUCACAGACACAACGUGGGGCCAGGAGGGUGGAACGUCCAGCAGCGAACAGGAGGGUGUUUGA